AUGAAAUUUCAAACUUCCAGAAGCAAUCUAAUGAAUUAGAACAAAAAUGCCUUCAAUAUGAAAAAGAUAUAGAAACACUUACCAACACAAACAAAGAUUUACAACAAAAAUAUGAUAGUUUACUUGGAGAAAUGAAUAAUAGAAUUACAACCGGCCUUAUAAAUAAUUCGAUAUUAAAUACUCCUAAUCAACCUAGAACACUUGUGAGACACAUGAAUUAUCAAUCGGUCACCCCUGUUGGAUCGUUGACACCUGCACAAGGUCUCAAUUCUCCAAUUGCUAAUACACCUAGGAAUUUUGAUAUUACACUUGGACAUUCACCCAAUAUUCCAAAUCUUCUCAUUAAAGAUUUAACGUCUACUUCUAUCACUAAUGAGUCAGCAAGCAUUGAAAGUAUGAAACAGUCAUUAGAACGUCAAAAUAGAAAU